CAGUUGAGAUGUAUCAAGAAAUUCGUUUUGCUUUAAAAUCAAUUUUCCAAGGAACGUUUUGUGAGAAAAUCAGAGAAAUGGGAUUAACCCACAUCCUCCCAAAUCCCCAACCUAGAUUUCCAAAUCCAGUGGCACAAACACCUAAAACCCAUCAAAAAACUCCACUUUCUUACACUUCUUGCUCAAUUUCCCGAAUGCCCUCACUCAAUUUAUCCUCCCCCAGCACAACAACGAAAACCCAUUUCAAUCCUCUCUCCAAAAUCACCAAACCAGAGGCCAAUAGUAUUCCCACCAUGUCUGAAAUCAUGGAGGCAUCGAAAUCCCAGAAAAUUGGCCUUGAGAUUCGAUCAGUGGGACCCUUUUUCAGAAUCACCGCAAAAAGCUUGGAAACCCGGAAAGAGCUGGGGAGAGCUGAGGGGCUAGUCAGGGUGUGGUUGGGAGGAAAGAUUCUUCACCUGGACUCGAUUAGGUUGCGCCGAGAGACUUUGGGGAUGGAAAGAUCAAUUUUUGGGAUUGGUUUGUUCGUUGGAGCUGUUGCUGUAAGAUAUGGGUAUGACUGUGGUUGUGGGAAAGCUGAGUUACUGGCCAUCAAUGACUCUGAUCUUUACCAUUCCAAGCUUGUUAAGUUCUACAAGAGAAUCGGAUUCAGAGCUGUGCGCGAAGUUACUGGUUCAUCACUCGGGGACCUUUCGCAUAUGCUGGUUUGGGGAGGAAUUGGGACUCGAAUGGAUGCCAACAUCUCAGAGCUCCUAGUAAAAUGGUGCACCAGAUUUAAGCCCCGGAAUUGAUUUCCCCCAUCGAUUUGCUCUGCUCUGUUUUCGUUUUUCUGUUGCGAAUUUGUCAACCAUUUUACUGCAAUUGUGAAUGAAAAGAAAAAUUAAUGCUUGCUGAGAAGGGAAAAA